GACCACAGAAUAGUCACUGCGAUUUUGAAACUUGAUUAGCCGGUGCGGCAACUUCGUGUUGAUAUGAUUGCGCUAUCGUCGUGCCCACAACGCGCGACUUGGCAUUCUGCGCGGUCCUGUCCGUUGCUCUCGCCGAGACCGGGCACACGGCUGCACAAUGCAAGCUUUGAGGUUAUCGCGUCGCUUUAGGAUGCGCUUUCCUCGAUGUGUACUACCCCCUUGUAGUACGACCGGACAAGAAGUCCGAUGCUGUGCGACGUUCUUCACGGAACAACACGAUGAGCUUCGACGAAGCGUCCGCAGAGUUAUUGACAAGGACAUCAACCCAUACGUGGACCAAUGGGAGGCAGAGGGCAUGUUUGAUGCCCACAAGGUGUUCAAGAAGUUGGCCGAAGUGGGAGUGCUGGGAAUCACACGCCCAGUGGAGUAUGGGGGUCUCGGUCUGGACUACAGCUUCACGGUAGCCUUUGCGGAGGAGCUGUCGGCCAUCAACUGUGUUGGCAUCGUGGCGGGAAUUCUGGUUCAAACGGACAUGUGUACCCCAGCCCUCGCCAAUUUUGGCAGUGACGAGCUGAAGGCCCAGUUCCUGGCGCCUUCAAUUUCUGGCGACGUUGUUGGAUGCAUCGGUGUCAGCGAACCAGACAGUGGCUCAGAUGUUGCCAGUAUCAAGACGACUGCUGUCCGGAAAGGAGAUGACCUGGUGAUCAAUGGGGGCAAGAUGUGGAUCACCAACGGCUGCCAGGCAGACUGGAUGGCCCUGCUGGCCAACACACGCACCGAGGGACCUUCGCACAAGACCAAGUCACUCAUCUGCCUGCCCCUCAAAACACCCGGCGUGACAGUGGCACGGAAGAUCAAGAAGCUUGGCCAACGUUGCUCGGACACAGCGCAGAUCUUCUUCGAGGAUGUCCGUGUGCCGGCCAAGAACAUUGUUGGCGAAGAAGGCAAGGGCUUCAUCUACCAGAUGCUCCAGUUCCAAGAAGAACGCCUGGUGGUGGCUAUCAAAAGUGUGCCAAGCAUGGAACGCAUGAUAAACGACACCUUGGAGUACUGUCGGCAGCGCAAGGUGUAUGGCCAGCCCCUGAUCAAGAACCAGGUGAUCCAGUAUCGACUGGCCGAACUCCAGACUGAGGUCGAGGCACUGCGAUCGCUUGGAUACAGAGCGGCAGCCAAGCUGAUGUCCGGUGAAAACGUGACCGAACUGGCAUCCAUGGCAAAGUUAAAGGCAGGCCGGCUGUUGCGUGAGGUGGCCGACACCUGCCUGCAGUACUGGGGUGGCAUGGGCUACACCGAGGAGAUGCCGAUGGCCAGAGCAUUUCGCGACUCCAGACUUCUCUCCAUCGGUGGCGGUGCCGAUGAAGUCAUGCUGUCCAUCAUCGCUAAGCUACGAUGGGGAUUAGCACGGUAGUGGCCUCUCAAAGCAGGUGGUUGUCUACACCGGUUAGUUUCGAUCUCCAUGUGAUAUGGUGCUGCCGGGGUCCACUCUUGCCGUCUUCCAGCUGGCAGUGUGUGCAUCAAAUAUGAAGCGGAGGGGGAAACUGGCAUGUUUCGUUGCUUGGCCAUGUAUAUAAGUUGCCUUUAACGUACACUAAGUGCUUGGUUUGUACAGAUUACUGUAGUGUCUGAAGUUUAUGAUGAUUCACUGUACAGUUAUGGUAUUUCUUCCCAGCCACCUGAGAUCAGCAAUGUGGUAACGGUAGUAGUUUUGAUGACAGUGAUGGUAAUGACCAUUAAGCAUUGUUAGGCCUCAAUCAUGCAGCUGUAAAACACUCUGUCAUGUAACCAUCGUGGCACUGGCAUCCCAUGAGACGAACGUUCGCUCGCUACUUUCUUAUAAAUGAUGGUACAACGUUGGCAUUAGCAAAUGAUCUUAAUGCCACGGGCGUCCCAGUCUGAAGAAAGAGCGGCGAUAAAAUGCUGUAUGAUGGUGGGCUCAGAUGCUGCAACAGUGACGUGGCAGAGUGUUUAAUGUCAACCUAAGUUCACCCUUACCAUGUGCUAGAGCCACACUUGUGCAAAAUUCAUCGAUGCAGGCAAGUUGGUAUGCUUCUUUAGUAUUUGGUUUGCUAUCCCUUUUACUGCAGUUUAGAAACCUGUAUGAAGAUGAAUGUUAGCAGUAUUAGACUCGGUGCCACCGCAGGGGCCCAGUGGUUACGGUGCUCAGCUUGUGACCCAAAGGGUGCAGGUUGUCAGUGCACAUUAAAGAACCCCAGGUGGUAGAAAUCAUCUAGAGCCGUCCACAAUGGCAGGCCUCAUAAUCAUGUUGUGGUUUUGGCGCAUAAAACAUCAGAAAUCAGUACUUGGUAGGAUAUUCGU